CUAACAUUAGCAAACAACAAACAGGAAGGAGCAUAACGGAGUGAAAGCUUUCUGGGAAAUUUGUGUUAUAAAAAUGACAAAAUAUUUAAAGGAUUCCAAAAAUGUGAACAUUCCCCCUUUAGGCCGCUGGGUUUGGAAUGAUAAAUCUAAAAAGCUGGAGUUUAUCAGUUCUUACCCAAGAGAAGAAAGUGUUUUGACGGCGAGUCAAACCAAUAACAACAUUAAAGAGCUUCAGGAGCGAGCAGAGUGGUUGGCUGACAUAUUUACAAUGAACCACAGAGGGCGCCAAAGGAUUGGGAGCAGACUGAGCCCUGCUCAUUUCAAUGCGUACAGGUCCUCAGUGCUGAAGAGACAAGGGGACCGGGUCACCAUUGACGAUGUUAAACAGGUGGCUGUCGGUUUGCUACAGGAGAAUUAUUUGCUUCCCGUUCCUCUCCGCUUUCUGGAGUUAUUGAAGAGUGACGAGCUCGAUGAAGUCCUCAUUACACUUCUUCUUUACCUGUCUUGCUUCUUCAUACAUAAGACCCUGAAGAAUAAAUCUGUGCCUACAGCAGUCCUGUCAGAGCACCAGAUGAUGGUGGAGGCUUGGGCCAAAAAGGAGAUGGCUCAAAAGAAGUUGGCUGUCUGCUACUUCCGCCUGAUGAUGGAUCUGAAAAGAGAACAGCAUCGCCCAUAUCACAAGAGGCAGAUAUCGUCAAAUAGAAGAGAGUGGCUUCUUCAUGCGUGCUUGUACAGCUUCUUCUGCUACGUGGCCUGGGUGACGUUUGGCAGGAGGGACCUGAAGGACAUCCAAGAGGAGGUUGGACGUCUUUUGUACUCUGACUCGUUCAACAUGGCAGUGAAGAAUAUGACUGACGGCGACUCGGGAACUACCAGUAAUGGUUCAGUGGAGACAGGAGCAGCUCACUCCAAGAUGAGACAUAAUAGUCCACUAAAACAAAGCACAUCCCAAAGGCACCCACUCCUCAGCAGCAUAGUAAAUCAGCGAUCCCCUCUGAUGGUGUCUCUGCUGCCCUCGCCCAAAGAACAGUCACCCCAUCUGUUCCUGGGCAGCCGAGCCAGGAAUCAGAUCCCUCUGAAGGCCGAGUACUGUGACACCAAAGCCCUCAUGGAGCAGCUCGACCAGCAGCUGGCCUCUGUCAGGUUUGGGAUUCUUGGGAAGUCUUUGGAUCGAUUCAGCCACAGUACGCUGAUACCCUAUGGACAACAGAAACCUUUCAUGAGGAUAAGGACAAGGAAGUAGACAGUGAUGUUAAUAACAGUGCAGAUCAUUCUGGAAUCUGUGCUCAAGGUCACAGAGGAUGAAUGAUCUGAAGACAGGCACAGGGAAAACUGUAAAGGUCACAUGCUACUCUUGUUCUUCUUUGGCUACCGUCUUUCCCCCCUGAUGAUUAAUAUCACUUUCCCUCUCUGUCUCCUCCCUUGUUCCUUUUGCCUUCCUCCUCCUCUAGAUCGGUGUGGCUAAUAACAGGCAAACUGACAGAUACUUGACAGGGUGAAACCUGUCUUGUCUGUUAAUGCUUCUUGCUCACUGGCCUGGAUUAAUAAUCAGAGGUGUUAAACUGGCUCGGGAGUACUGACAACAACUUAAGUUAAACUAAAAAGGCUGUUCAUCAAAAUGUAAUCUGAGGAAUAUUUUUACUUACUUUGUGUGUAAAAUUUGCUGUUUAAUGACAGUCAAACUAUUUGGAGAUAAAACAAGUAAAGGUUUUUCAUUAACAUUUCUGAUAUAAAGAAUUAAAUCCCAGUAUGCUUCAUGAUGCUUUUCUCUUUAGAAAAGCAUAAUAAAGCCUAAUUUAGUUCAUGUAAACCAUCACAUGACCAUUCCUAGAAUUUAAUUGUGCCCCUGAAACCUAAAGCCAAUUUUCCAAAACACAAGGAAAAAAAGAAUAAUUAAUCUACUGACUGUACACUCUCAACUCAGCACAGGGUAGUGAAAUUAAUUUUAAUUCCAUGCAAACAGCUGGAAAUAGUUUUGUUUUAAAUGACACUUCCUUCCACAAAAUAUUCUGGUGAAUUAUUUAUGUUAGUGAGCAAUUUGGAGGAAACGGUGCUUAUGUUACUGCAAAAGUACAAAACCAUCUUCUUUCUACCUUGAUUUUCCUUCAGCAACUUCUCCCAACCCCUCAAAAAAAGAAGGGGUGAUUGCUUGCAACUUUCUUUCAUUCACCAACAAGCGGAGUGCCACUUGUGUCAGGUGGAAAGUGGAACAGCGUGUUGAAGCUCUCCAUCUCAAAGGCUUCUUUUUGAUACGCUCCGGCUCUGAUUUUUACCACCCUUUGUACAAAAGUGUCUGCCACUGAUUGAAAUGUAAUUAAAACAUACCACAUUUGUCUAAUAGCCUUUCAAUAACGCUCAGGGAAUCUUUCAAAGAAAGGUUUCCUUGGAAUUUAGUUUUGUGCCCGUGCUUUGUGCCUCAAAUGGCAUUUUAUUUCAGUAUUUUAUUUUGUUUUAAUAAGAUUAGAUGAGGGAGGAAAACGCACUUAGUCUUGUGAAUCUGAAGAUGUCAGAAUGUGU